CGACGCCAACGACGCCGACCAGUCCGGCGCCGGCGAGACCGAGGACCAGGGCGACUCCACCAGCGUCGAGGGCGAUGAGAAGCGCGCCGUCAGCCACCCGCUGCCCACAAGAGCCCCUGCUGCGCCCACAGAGCCGGACGUCGAGGAGGACGUCGCAGAGGAAGAAGAAGAGGAGGAGGACGAGAUGGAUGCCGAGACUAGGCGCAAGCUGGAGUUGCGCGAGCGCAUGGCCAAGAUGAGCGGCGGCAUGGGCAUGCCCGGCAUCGCGUCCCCAUGUUUGCCAUGCCGGGCAUGCCGGUCAAGAGCCCGGAGCAGGAGCACAAGCAGCUGGCUGUUGAGAAGGAGGACGAGCCCGAGUACCCCGUGACAGCCGCACACCCCGCCGAUGAGCUUCCGGAUGUUGAAGACAUCACCCCGCAGCCCAUCUCACGGACAACCACCGCCGAGAGCGCGCCGCCCGUCCCGCAAGACAGACGACCUGCUCCUCCACCUUUGCCAGCGACCGUCACCUCGCCAGGGCCUGGCUCUGAGUCGGGCGACGAGCUGACGGAUGCCGGUGCUCAACUCGCGUCCCCACGAAGCCCGCCGCCUGUGCCGCAGCCUUCAAAGCGAGCCUCCUACUUCAACGGAGAGGAGCGUCCGGACUCGUCUGAUCGCCGUGUCCCGCCCAUCCCCUCAACCCCCGGCUCGCCGUCCUCUGCCCGCCUGCCUCCGCCUCCGCCGCCCACCGCCGCACCGCAUCGCGAGCUGCCGAUCAGGAAGCUCGACCACGAAACCGACUACGAGGGCGACUACGAUACUGACAUUGCGUCUGGCGACACCCACAAGGAUGCCCUGAGGUCGCAUGCCCGCGAGCCAAGCCUGGACGCGAGUACUCUGGCUGGUUCUCCCGUAAUUCCGCAUGGAAUUCCGCCACUGCCUCCGACCGCCCCUCGCGCAGUUCCCCCGCCGCCGCCCCAGCAGCCCCCGAGCCGGCCAUCAAUGGACGCGCCACGCGCUGCGCCUCCGCUCCCGCCCGUGCCACCACCGACCCGGCAGGACGAGGAUGAAGAUGAUUAUGAUCCGUACAAGUACAACUCGGCGGCCUCGCCCGUUCAAGCGCCUCCGGUCCCCAGGGGCAUGCCGCCGCUGCCCCAGACGCAGCCGCCCGUGCCGCAGAAUCGCCCGCCGCCGCCAAUGCCGCCCGCUCCUCCAGUCCCGCAGCAGGCGGAGUCGUCGGACGACGAUCUGUACGCGGCACCGGCGCCCAGGAAGUCUCACGACCGGCCGCCGCCGCUGCCUCCCCAGGCGCCUCCGCACCAGCAUGCGCCGCCGCCUCCUCCGCACCAGCAUGCACCCCCGCCUUUGCCCCAAGAGCGGGCUCCACCGCCGCCGCCACCGCACGCCCCGCCUCCUCCAUCGCUCCCCCCAUCGCUGCCCCCCUUCUCGCCCCCAGCUGAAGCCCCGCCGCGACCGUCCAUGGGAGGACGCAAGUCGCUCGACGCGGGCCGCACAUUACAGGGCCGCGUCUCGAUGGACCAGCAGCGCCCCCAGGCCAGCCAGGACUACAUGGCUGGCGACAUCGACCUGGGCGCCGCGAGCCGCUGGUGGGAGCAGCCGAAGAUGCUGCCGCCCACGCUGCAGACGCGCAAGGACGUGCUCGUCGACCUGCAGGAGUCGUCCACGGGCAGCGUGCUCGAAAAGCUCGUCUCGGUGCUCUUCAUGGACUACUCCCAAACCAUCAUCUCCACGCGCUUCGACCCCGCCAACCCGGCCGCCACCUCGGUCGACCAGCGCCAGGAACCCCCACCCCCGCGCCUGCGCCCGGACCAGCUCGAAGCCGCGCACGACCACAUCGGCCGGCGCAUCGCCAAAGACGCCGAAGCCCGCCAAAACACCGUCGUCGGCUCCGGCACCCCGCACGCCCUCGUCGACGACCUCCUCAAGGCCCACAAAGACGCCCUCCUCCCCGUCUCCACCCGCGCCUACGGCGCCCCCGUGUACGCCAACCUCGCCAACGCAUCCACCACCUCGCACGACGAGAUCCGGCCCGGCGACAUCGUGACUUUCCGCAACGCCCGGUUCCAGGGUAAAACCGGCGCGAUGCAUGCGAAAUACGCGGUUGAUGUGGGCAAGCCGGAUCAUGUCGGUGUUGUGGUCGAGUGGGAUGGGAGUAAGAAGAAGGUUAGGGUUUGGGAGCAGGGGCGCGAGCAUAAGAAGGUUAAGACGGAGAGUUUUCGGAUGGGGGAUUUGAGGUCGGGAGAGGUGAGGGUUUGGAGGGUUAUGAGGAGGGAGUGGGUUGGUUGGCCGUAGACAGUAAAGGAGGAUGGGAGGUGUGAGGUCUGAAGGAUGGGGAGAGUCGAGUCGGGACGAUAGUAGGUGUUCGUUGCCGAGCAGACGGGGUGCGUGAAAAAG